CUCUGAUGUAAACAAGAAAUAUGAUUAAAGCUCUUUUUAAAGCUUUUGAGGUCCGAUGGAAAUCCUACAGGCACAGAUUUGUCCCCUGGAUAGCUUUAAAUCUGCAGAAAAACGAGAGAACUCUCCGUCACGUGAAGGAUCGAUCCCAAGACAAGUUAACUCAGGAUGAGGAGGUGUCCGAAUCUCUCGUGUGUUUAUUCACUGAACUACUGAAAAAUGAUCUGAAGAAUCAACGUGAACUGAUCCGCUUACUCCCUAAAUCUAAACAAAACAUUUACACUAAUGUAACGUUACAGAGUGAAACGCAUGAUGCUCCCUGUACAGUGAUGUUGAAUACUCUGGGCUUCGUGACCGAGCGGAAGUGCAGCUCACUACAGCUCGCGGGGACAGGGGUGUUUGUCACGCGCGGGCGCGUGCAGAAAGGAAGUAUCGUGGCGAUGUAUCCAGGAACCAUCUAUCAGGCAGAUGAGCCGAUCUUCUUUCAGUCGAUCAGAAAUCCAUUUGUGUUCAGAUGCAUAGAUGGCAUUUUAAUUGAUGGCAAUGACAAAGCCAUGUCCAAGAUAGUGUACCGGUCGUGUAGUGGACGGGACAGGUUGGGUCCCUUCCGUUUGAGUGACAGCUCCUGGUUAACUCCUCAUCCCGUGAACCCUCUUGCAGUGGGACAGUAUGUGAACAACUGCUCUAACGAGAAAGCUGCGAAUGUCUGCUAUCAGGAGUUUGACGUGCCGGAUGGGUUUCCUCUGGAGCUCUGUCAGUUCCUGCCGAAUGUUAAAUACAGAGCUGAUUCUCAAAGACCUUUGCGCUGUGUUGUUCUCGUGUCACUAAGAGAUAUUGAUCGCGGUGAAGAACUGUUCUCCAACUACUACACAAUUGUGCAAUAAAUUAAGUUGAUUUUUCUAAAGAAAAAGUGUGUUAUACUCAUUGGAUAACAUGAACUGAGAAACAUUUUUACUGCAUUUACUAAACUUGGUUAAUGUUAAUAAGAAACAUUAAGGAAUUUUUGACCAGGAUCAGAAAACAAUCAGGAUUUUUUUUUAAUCUGCACCUUAAUUAAUAGUUGCUAUUUCACGUCAUAAUAUGGUAUUCUCUAGACAAUUCAGUGACAAUAACUUGUGUUAAAAAAUUGUGUUUUAUACAUUACCAAAAAGCCCCUGAAAUAAAUUCCAGGGCAAAAAUAUCCACUUUUAAAAAGUAGCGAUUCAGUUUUGAAAAAGUAUCGAUUCACUUUCGAAAAAGUAGUGAUUCCUUUUUUUUUAAUUAGCCAUUCUUUUUUGAUAAAGAAGCGAUUUAACUGAAUCUGUACAACAGCUACGUUUAAUUCUGAAUAUUAUAUUUUAUUCUGGUGUGCUUAACGUUAUCGUUUUCUUAGAGUUUACUUAUAAAAAUAACAUAAAAAGUUUGCACAUGCAUAAUGUUAAUUUGCACGUCAAAUCGAUAUUAAUUCGAGAUUAAAAAAUAUACAGGACACACACACGUAUAAUAUACAGUAUAAAAAUAACGUACACAGACACAUACAUCUAUCUAUAAAUUACAGAAACGUCUAUCUGUGUGUUAUUCACAUAUCUUGGUAAAAGAAGCACUUGUUGGAGAUGUUUUGAUGACGUGUAGAAGGUUGUAGUUUAAAAAUAAACAUUCUGACAUUAAAGGGUUGUG